GCUGCACAGACUUAUCGUAUCCUUAUAUUAAGAGAUGCUCCUGAUCAGUUCUGAGAGAGAGGAAAGCCAUUAUCGUGUAAGAGGUCUCUACGAAACUCCAGAAAAUUCCUGUUUUAAUCAAAAGCAUUGGACACAGUGACUCCUUUGACUAAUUGACGGGGAUGGCGCAACACACGGACUGUAUUGACCCCAGAAACGUGACCACUGGCCUCACAGAGAACACACCACUUCUCGACGUGAGUCAAGAGAGAAUCCAACACGAGACUAGAGAUGAUGAAUUGAUGGUAUCAGCUGAAAACGUUUCUGAAGAACACAUAACCCCUAGAAGAAUCAUGAAGAGAGUUAAACUUGCCCUUCUGUCCACUGUUAUGAUAUUCUGUGUCGUGUCUCUCAGCUUCAUCAAAGUCCGUGACGACAAUUGGAAUUCCAUAGCAAUAACAAGAAAACGUCCAUUUCAUACCAACGUAACUGGUGAUAUCAUAUUUGACAAAGAAACUAUCCACGUAAGCGCUAAAGGUCCAUUUCUGCCACUGAAUCAAUAUGGCGUCACAGAAGACUUCGUUACAUUCAGUGUAGCAAAAAUCUCGGCUAACGGAACAUACGAAAAAAUCUCGAGAGAUUGGAAACUUCUUUUAGAUUCUAAUACACGUGAUUUCAAAAUUGAUUCUAACGUUCUGGAACAUGAUUUCAAUUUAGAGUCGUACGAAAUGUCUGAAAGUAAAACUUAUCAGCUAACCAUCUCUACCAACAAGAAAAGAGAUUAUGUAUCAUUGUCGGUAGAUGUCGCUGUACGUCCAAAACUAGCGAUCGGACAUAUUUUAAUGGCUCUCUUCAUUCUAAUUGGGCUAUAUGCGAUGAUUAUUUUCGAGUUGGUUCAUCAGACUCUUGCAGCGAUGAUUGGAGCCACUGUCGCCAUUGCGUGUUUGGCUGUGGUUGGUGAGCGCCCCUCCUCUGUGGAAAUUUUAACAUGGAUGGACGUGGAGACAAUGAAACUACUAUUUGGAAUGAUGGUGCUGGUAUCUAUCCUUAGCGAAACAGGUUUCUUUGAUUUCGUUGCUCUGCAGACUUACAAACUUGCAAGGGGAAAGAUUUGGGCCCUCGUAACAAGUCUCUGUAUGGUAACUGCAUUUUUAUCUGCUUUUCUGGAUAACGUAACCACGAUUCUUCUUAUGUCAGCAAUGACAAUAAGGUUGUGUGAAACCAUGAACAUAGACCCGAAACAUAUGCUGAUAGCUAUGGUGAUAUUUUCGAACAUCGGUGGCGCCAUGACACCCAUCGGAGAUCCACCGAACAUCAUCAUCAUUAACAACAGAAAGAUACAGGACGCGGGCAUUGGAUUUGGAGUCUUCACAUUGCAUAUGGUUCCUAUUGUUUUGAUAAGUUUAGCUGCAACUUACAUCCUUGUCAGAUUAAUGUAUCGAGAUCCCUCUAAGAUGAGGUACACGGAUCCACCCGAAAUAGUUGAAAGGAAACAUGAAAUCGAGAAAUGGAAAAGGGCGUUCUACUCUCUAUCCGGGUAUUCGAGAGAAGACGAUAUGGUGAGAGAUUCGCUACAUCAAAAAAUCUCAACUUUGGAAGCAUCAUUGAAAAGAACACCUCAUUACAAUAACAAAAUUUCUGAAGACGAUUACAGGGAUCAUCUGAAAGAAUUGUCCAAAACAUUCAGAGUGAAAAAUAAAUCACUACUUCUGAAGUCCGGUGUUGUUAUAGGAAUCGUCAUUUUGUUGUUUUUCUUGGAAAGCAUUCCUGGUUUGAAGUUGAGCAUAGGUUGGAUCGCCAUUUUGGGAGCCAUUUUCCUGUUGGUACUCGGUGAUUUUGAUGAACUGGAGAGUAUUCUGAGUCGAGUUGAAUGGUCAACACUUCUGUUUUUUGGAGCACUUUUCGUUGUUAUGGAAGCUUUGUCUAGACUUGAUCUUGUGUGGUAUAUCGUGAAUAUGACGCAAAAAGCAAUCACCAGUGUGGAUGAAAGUCAUCGACUUCUCGUUGCAAUCGUCCUCAUACUAUGGAUCUCGGCCCUGUCGUCGAGUUUCAUCGACAACAUUCCCUUCACUACUGUCAUGGUUCAAGUGGUUGUAGACAUUGCCGAUCAGGAGGAAACAAAGCUCCCCAUCAAACCUUUAGUAUUUGCCCUAGCCCUUGGAGCAUGUCUGGGAGGAAACGGGACUUUGAUUGGAGCAUCAGCGAACGUCGUUACGGCCGGAAUUGCCGAACAGCACGGUUACAGAUUUUCGUUUUUCGAUUUUUUCAGGAUUGGUUUUCCAGUUAUGCUCCUGACAACUACUCUGUCAACAGCUUAUCUUCUUUUUUGUCAUGUUUGGCUGGGUUGGAACGACUGAAACCGAACAAAAAAUUUCGCGAAGUCGCACAUUUCAGAAACGACAGACUUUAUGAUUUUCUUUUUUUCAAGUGACAAGAUAUUGUCUACAAGCGACUGUUAUCUAAUGGAUCUGUUUUAUUUCUAUUUUGCUUUUGAAUCCAUCCCAGGAAGGUAAAAAAAAAGCAAACUCUAAACUUGCUUUAACCCCGUAACAAGAUUUGUUUGAGAAAACGACAGCCAUGACAGAAGUAUUCAAACACAUAUUUUUGUUGCUUUCAUUUAAAUGUAUAGUUGUGAAAUGUGUUUUUCUGAAUCUUUUGUAUUCCCAGCAUUCUCCUGUAUAUUCAUUGCAUUUUAAAACUGGUUGUUCUUAGCAAAACCUUUCGUAAGUACAUUAUGUUUCUAAUAAAAUUCAUCCUUAUUUCUGGCCAUUUAA